CGGCCUUGGACUCUGCUGUUGGCAUGGGUGGGACAACGUUUGAGAUGCGUCAAUGCCGCUUCGUGUUCUGUGGCGCCGAAGACGACGAGCCGUUCAGCGUCUUGCUCCCAGUGGAGCCGGCCCCGACCCUCCAAGUCGUGCGCAGCCAUUUCCCGUUUGAAGGCCGCUUCCACUUCCGCCUCCAGGAAGUCACGUCCGGCGGCAACUACGUAUGGCGUGACCUUGUGGAUGAGUCUACAGUCAUUCCAAUCGACGCGCUAUUGAAGGUACUGCAAGUGUCGUCGACGCCAGAAGAGUACCCGGUAUAUAGCUCGCAGGUGGACAACACCAACGAGCUCGAGUCGUUCCAGCGGAGUUUUCGCGAGUCCUAUGACGACAGCGCGUGCUCUGGCGACCACGAACGCUCGUCCAAGGGCUCCAACAAGCAACCUCAGCAGCAAUCAUCUUCCGCCGCCCCGCAACUCAACGCGCUGUGGAAGAACACCAAGCACCACCUCAACAAAACCACCGCCAAGGUGUGGGAAACCGUCGAGUUCACGGCGGGGCGGUACUUUGGCUCUCAAUCCGGCGCCGAGAAGCCGACUGCAGCGGCGUUGCAAAACUUGGCCGCGGCCUCGGCGCUGUCCCGCACGCCUUUUUCCGACUCGAACCGCGACCACAUGGACCAGAUCCGGCGGUUGUGGGGCGCGGUCGUUGGCGACUCUGGUCGGCCGUUCGCGAGGACGUCGCCUGUGUGGGUGGACGAAGGGGGGUUUCCGUCCGACGACCCCGGCGCUACCUUCAAGGCACACGGGGUGCUGGCGUUGCAUGCGCUGGCGUUCUUCACGGACGUCCACCGCAGUGCGUCGGACGAGAUGCGACGCGGCGGGUACGCGUAUGCGACAGAGGGGCUGCAGGUCGUGUCGAUCCUGGUGGAGGUGCUAGAUUUGGACUCGGGGCGGUUCCUCGAACGCGACGAAGUGUACUGGAAAGUGUUUGAAGACCCUAUCGGGUGGUACGAACUGUUUUCCGUUGCGUUUCACGCCCACCAUACGUUUUGGCGCCAACAAGGCAAGGGAGCUAGUAGCACUAGUACUAGUAGUACUAGUACCCGCGAUCGCAGCUUUCAGCCGUCGCCGCUCGACUUGACCAAGCAGUUUGUGUGCCGCCUACUCAUGCAAGCCCCCAAGACCGUCCAAGACGUUGUGACGUUGGCCGACACCAUAUAUUAACACUUUAAUUUGACUAACGCAUACUAGUAUCAAGUUGCGUGUCAAGCGUCGCUGUUCUUGCGACGGCGGCGACUCGUCGGCCCUGGCGAACUGCUCGCCGCCGGCGUGUCCGUCACGGCAGCCUCGUCGGCUCCUCCGUCAAAGGUCCUUAAGUGUGGCACGUUGGUCGAGUGUAGCGGAGAGGACGGUGGUGCGGCUGGGGCAACGACAACGUCGCCAAUCGUCGAAGCAACCACGGAGGGGGGUGCGUUCUCCUCGGAGUAAUCUGCAUCGCUGAGGGUGGGGGUGAUGUUGUCAUUUGGAGCGUUGCUGGGUGGGGUCACAACUACGUCGAUCAUCGCAACCACCUCUUGCUUUGGUUGGUCUUCACCGUCAACAACCUCUGUCGACGACGGGAUCGUAUGAGUGAUUGGCACUGUUUGGACGUCCAUAGAAGGUUCUUGCAAGUAGUCGCUCUCGUUCCCUUGCUCCGUCACAUGAUAGUGGUCUGCCUUGCUUUCGUCCACGUUAUGGUGUUCGUUGUGGGUGGUAAUUAUGUCGGCGCCACCGUCCACGGGGGGGUCGGCAGGAAGGGGGGGGG